AUAGAGAGUCAAAUCAGAAGAAGGAAGUGUGCCCUAAAGGCAGCUGAUCUGCACCAAAAUUGAGGCAUGGAGUCGAAAUAUUUACAUCUUUCUAAUAUCGUCUUAUUGAUUAUUACUGUGCCACAGAUAUGCAAAGCACAUGACAUCACGUUAUCCGUGUUCACCGUCACUUCCAAAAGUAUGACGGUCCGUUGGAGCGGACAUACCGGCGCGAGCUCGUACAAAAUCACCGCCACGCCGAAAAACUCCCCAGAACCGUCGGUUUUCGCGCAGUUCAGCGGCAGCACGGUGAUGGGCUCCGUUAACUCGCUAUCCCCGAACACUGUGUACCGGAUGCGGGUCGAAGCCAUGGACAACGCGGUGAACGUGCUCAGCAGCGCCGAAACGGAGGAGACGACAGCUCCUGAGGUCCCCCUCAUAUACCAGGCUUACUCCAAACACAGUGACAGCAUCACAGUGGAGUUCGGUGUGGUGUCUGGUGCCACCAGCUACAUCAUCCGGGCAGAGAACGAGGAUGGGUUCUUCUCUGAAAGCCUGGUGAACACUUCCCCCGGGACAGUGGUCGCUCCUGAGGUCCCCCUCAUAUACCAGGCUUACUCCAAACACAGUGACAGCAUCACAGUGGAGUUCGGUGUGGUGUCUGGUGCCACCAGCUACAUCAUCCGGGCAGAGAACGAGGAUGGGUUCUUCUCUGAAAGCCUGGUGAACACUUCCCCCGGGACAGUGGUCGGUCUGCUGCCUUACACCCAAUACACCCUCAGCGUGAUGUCCGUCAACACUGGGGGAAGGAGUCAGCCUUCUCUAACUGUGAAUGCUAGGACAGUGUUGGUAGCCCCAGAUCUGAUUUCCAGCUCCCCCAGCAGUGACAUCAUUGUGAUAGAGUGGAAUCCAGUGGACCACGCUGUGCUAUACAGCCUGGUCAUGAUCAUGGAGGGCUCUACGCGGGUCAGACUAAACACGUCUGAGACCAAUAUGACCUUCACUGACCUUCAGCCUGGCACCACCUACAGCAUCAAGGGCAAUGCCUGGGAUCCAGAUGGUAACCAAGGAGAUGACAUCACCGUCUACCAAAUCACACAAGAAAGCAAGUCCUAA